ACAGAAAAAUACUGGAGUCAACUAAACCUAAAACAGCCAGUUCUGAUGUAGAUCAGAAGAAUAUGGUGAAUAAAAACCUAAAUUCAUGGAAUUAUAGGAGUUUAUGGGUGAAUCAAAUGACAGAAUAUGCCCAGGCCAUAUUUCACUCCAAAAUCAAAUAAAUAAAUAAUUGUUUUACCAAAAAUUAACCCUAUUUUAAGCGCUGUUAUUUUAUUUAUUAUAAUAUAACAAUUAUUAUUAUUUUAGUAUUUAUGAAUAUUUGGAAUUUAAAUUUUUUUUUUUUUUUUUUUAAGUAAUUUUACUACUACUUUUUUUAAGUUUUUCAUCUAAUAUUUAUUUUAUUUUAUUUCAGCCUUAUUUCAAUCACAGAAAACAAAAUGUAAAAGUUUUACUUUUAGUUAACAAUAACAGAUUUUAAGGACACCUAUGUAUUUUUGUACAUUUUAGGCAUAUUUUUUCACGCAAUUACUAAAAACUCAUCUCAUUCUAUAAUAAUAACAAUAAUAAUCAACAACAAAAAUAAUAAUAUGAUACAGUAAAGGGUUAGUUCACCCAAAAAUGAAAAUAACGUCAUUGCUUCAUUACUGCUUCAUUAAGCUUCGGAGCGUUAUGAAUCUUUUGUGUCGAAUCAUGAUUCGGAUUGCGUGUCAAACCGCCAAACUGCUGACUUUGGUGCUCUGAACCGCUGAUUCGAAACAGAAGAUUCAUAACGCUCCGAAGCUUCAUGAAGCAGUGUUUUCAAAUCGGCCAUCACUAUAUAAGUCGUUAUUUUGUUUUUUUUCGGUGCACAAAAAAAUAUUCUUGUUGCUUUAUAAUAUUAAUAUUGAACCACUGUACUCACAUGAACUGAUUUAAAUAUGUUUUUAGUGCAUUAAUGGAUCUUGAGAGAGGAAAUGUCAUUGCUGGCUAUGGAGGCUUUACUGAGCCAUCGGAUUUCAACAAAAAUAUCUUAAUUUGUGUUCCGAAGAUGAACAAAGGUCUUACAGGUGUGGAACGGCAUGAGGGUGAGUAAUUAAUGACAUUAUUUUCAUUUUUGGGUGAACUAACCCUGUACGUAAAGAAUAAUAAAAUACUAUUAUGAAUAAAACAAUACUAAUAGAAUAAUAAAAUCCCAUUAACUGUAAAUAAAUAUUGUUAAUCAGAUGUAUAUAUAAAUGAUCAAAAAACAAAAACAAACAAAAAAAAAAUCCUUAAAGUUUUUAAACAGCAGCAAGCAUCUGUUGCCUAGUGCUGCAACACGUCAAACACUAACAGUGAAUCUCCGGUUGGUUUGCUCCUCCUCCUGCUCCCAAAACUCAUCCAGAGGCUCAGAGCAUGUGUGGCAGAAUCAAUAAUGUCCCCAACUAAAUGAGGCUUUUUGCCCGUGGGGCCACAGAGGCAGAGGGGUGGGGGUAGAGUAAUGGAAAGUGAAGGUUGAAAGAGGAGAGAGUUUAUUCAGUCGCACACAGACACAAGCCACAAGCAGACGAAUCCUUCCCCAACUUGAAGGCGAUCCGGUCAUGGGUUCGGAAAUGGAGCUGACUUUCACCGAGGACCUGCAGCUGACGGAGGUGAUGCGUUUGAGGGUGCAGUCGCUGCAGCAGAGGGGCCAGAAGAGGCAGGACGGCGAGAGGCUGCUCCUGCCGCACGAGUCCGUCUACCGUCUGGACUUCAGCGAGCAGGAGCUGACCUUCUCCCACUGGAACGUGACCCUGCAAGGAACGGGCCGUUUCACUGUCACCGGCAUCUGCCAGCUCUGGACACCCGACCUGACCAACCUGAUGACCAGGCAGCUGCUGGAGCCCAUCGGCCAGUUCUGGAGGAACGCCGGAGAUCCCGAGGAUUCGCCCAUCAAAUGCCUAGAGGCGGACAUCCAGGAGUUUGGAGAAAGGAUAGCCGAGCUGGCGAAGGUGCGGAAAGUGAUGUAUUUCCUAUUCGCCUUUAAGGAGGGAGCGACGAAAGACAAAAUCUCUUGCUCUUUGACCUUCAACAAAAACAAGUGACAGAUUGAAUCACCGUAUUCUAAAACCUCAGACAGGUUAGAUGCUCUUUGUGAUGGUCAGUCAAAUCCUCUUUCUUUCACCAAUCAACAAAAGCUCUUUGUGUUAAUAAAAACUUUAGCUCUAGUCCUAUGUUGUUUCCUGAACUUUAUGAUGGUUUUAUUUAACAUGUCGUCCAGAAAAAAAGCAACAUUUUGUAGGAAGAUUGUUUGUUAUACACAUGCAUAAAGAUAUUGCUGGAUGAUUUUGUCUGGUACUUAUGUAAUCCACUGCCAUUAUGAUGCUUAUAGAGCGAAUCUACAGUAAAAUAAAUUGUGCUGUCAAUCA